CUGAUAUUACCUCUCAACAUGUUCCGCUCUACCCUACUUCGUCUCUCCACCCUCCUCCUUGUCCUCCCCUUCAUCCUCGCCCAGUCACAAUGCUCCGCGACGCAGAAAUGCCCCGCGUCUGCGCCCUGUUGCUCAGAGUAUGGGUUCUGCGGGACGGGCAGCUAUUGUCAUCAGGGAUGUGAACCGCUCCAUUCAAAUACCCUCACUUCCUGUCGCCCAAACCCCCUCUGCCAAUCCCAGUCCACCAACUUCCCUGCCGACCUGGACCGCCUUCAGCUGAACGCGACAAAGUACAACGGUAAUGCUACAGCGUAUGAUUGGGUCGUUAACGCGGGUUAUGUCGUUCCUACAAGCGAUGGUCUGAGGUUGACUUUGAAUAAGACCAACAGCGGAAGCAAGAUAUCAUCCACCAAGUACAUCAUGUACGGACAGAUCGACUUCACCAUGCAAACGUCAAAAUGGGCGGGCGUCGUCUCUGCCGCGAUCACCAUGAGCGACGUCAAGGAUGAGAUUGACUGGGAGUGGCCUGGAACUGCUACGUCUGAGGCUCAAACCAAUAUCUGGUUCUUGGGUAUCGCAAAUUACACCAACACGCUCGGACAAAAGGUGGAGAUGGGUACCAACACUGCCGAGGGCUUCCACACCUAUACUCUCAAUUGGCAACCUGACUAUCUCCAAUGGCUGAUUGACGGCCGCGUUGUCCGCACCAUCAACCGCGCCGACACUCUGUCCUCUUCCGGCCGGUACGAGUACCCGUCCACCCCAUCCCGGAUACAGCUGUCCAUCUGGCCAGGAGGUAUCCCCGCCAGCGCGCAGGGGACUAUCGACUGGGCGGGCGGCCUGAUCCAGUGGAACGAGCCGGAGUAUACCCAGAAUGGAUACUACUGGAACACGAUCAAGGCGGUGACGGUCAAGUGUGGACCUACUGCGAAUGUCACGGCGGGGACGAGAGGGUGGGCUUAUAUGGGCAAUACGAGUCUGAGCGUGCCGUAUGUCGCAGUCACGAAUGCUUCGACCAUGCUCAGCUCGGCGAUGCGAGGGGUGACAUCACCUCUGACUUUGAUGGGUGCGAUCUCGCUGGUCGGGGUGGUACUACUGGGAGCUGUCUCGUCUGUUCUCUGA